AUUCUCAAUGUUUAUCACCGUGAAUUUUCCGUCUCAUGCUUCCUUCAAUGUGUUUAACGGGAAUCGUAAUUCUACAGCGACAACUUGUUUUGAACAGGAAGUCUGCUGACAAAGUGAGGGCAUAUCGAAAGUACAAAUGCACCUAGACUUUGGAAUUCUGUUUUUGAUUAACAUGUACAUUUUCAAAGAUGAAACAGUCCUAUCUAAGCAAUGGCUGAUGCAAAGAAAAAGAGUGCCUGUCCUAACUUAUUUGUUGCUGCCAUUGACUUUGGCACAACAUAUUCAGGCUAUGCUUUCUCUGGGAAAGACGACUUCGAGAAGGAUCCUCUGAAAAUCAGCGCCAACCAUUGGAAUGCUGGCGCCAGGUCUCUCAUAUCCCACAAGGCCCCAACAUGUUUACUGUUAAAACCGGAUAAAACAUUCCAGUCGUUUGGAUACAAGGCAGAAAAUGAUUUCACCCUUCUUGCAGAGGAUAAUGACGAUGAUGAUGAUGAUGAUGAUGAUGAUGAGGAGAAAGUGAAGGAAGAUUUUAAAACAUAUUACUAUUUUCAUCGUUUUAAAAUGAUACUUCACAACAACAAGGACCUAUCCAGAAGUACACAAAUCGAGGAUGAGACUGGCAAGUCACUUCCCGCAGUAGAAGUGUUCACCCAUUCCAUCAGGUACCUGAAAGAUCAUUUGUUUACAAGCCUGGUUGAUUCCUUCAAUGGUAUCACUGAACAAGACAUAAAGUAUGUGGUCACAGUGCCAGCUAUCUGGAACGACAAUGCCAAACAGUUCAUGCGACUAGCAGCUACACUGGCGGGGAUAUCAGCUGACAAUUUGUCUAUUGCCCUGGAGCCUGAGGCUGCAUCUCUCUACUGUCAGCACCACUCCAUUGUUGGCGAAGACGGUGAAAAAGAACUGUUGAAGAAGACUGCAAGAUCUGGUGAUGCAUACAUGGUAGUUGACCUGGGAGGAGGGACUGCUGACAUCACUGUACACGAAAAACAAAUCGAUGGUUCUUUGAAGGAGCUGCUUGCUGCAACGGGUGGUGCAUUUGGGGGUAAAAACGUGGACGAUGCGUUUAAGUCAUUUUUGGAAGACAUUGUUGGGAAAGAUAUAAUGAAAAAGUUCAAAAACAAUUGUAUGGAGGAUUACAUUGACAUUUUUAGGGAAUUUGAAACAAAGAAAAGAUCCGUUACUGAAGAUAGUGUUAGCAAAGUUAGCAUGACCAUGCCAGUAACUUUAAGUGAUUUGGUGAAAAGGAGCUCGACCAAAGGAAAGAAAGUAAUCUUGAAGGAGGUGGUGGAAAAUUCAAAAUAUGGAAAUGAGGUCGGGUUUGCCAAACAAAAAAUACACAUUUCUCACGCACAAUUUGUGCAGCUUUUCAAACCAACCGUUGACGGUAUAUUGAAACACAUGGAAGGUAUUUUGUACCAGAGCAACUUCUGCCAUGUGAAAAACAUUUUGAUGGUUGGUGGAUUCUCUGAAUGUGAACUCCUGCAAAAUGCGAUUAAGAAUAGACUUACGCAAAAAAGAAUCAUCAUACCCGAAGACGCUGGUCUGGCGGUCCUGAAAGGUGCCGUACUUUUUGGUCACAUUCCACGGGCAAUAUCUGGCCGUGUGGCUAGAUAUACUUACGGCAUUCAAAGCUGGCCUAUGUUUAAUGAUCGAUGCCAUCCUGAAUCAAAGAGAGUGAUGGUAGGAUCAACAGCUCGAUGCAGGGAUGUGUUUUUCAAAUUCAUUGAGAUUGGACAGCAGGUGACUCCAGGUCACAGAGAGGCACAAGUGUUCCAGGUUCUCAAUCCCGCAGAAAACUCACUAGAAUGUACAGUGUUUGCCUCCACAGAAAGAGACCCAGCAUUUGUAGAUGAUGCCAGCUGCAGUCAGCUUGGAAUACUGACAGUGCCUUUCUCCCGACCUGCCAAUAGUACUCGGGCCGUGGAGAUAGAGGAGACGCUGAUAUUCGGGGAGACAGAGCUGAGGGUCAAGGCCAAGGACCUGGCCACUGGUCAAGAGUUUGAGGCCAGCCUCAACCUUCUUGGGAAUGAAAUAUGAUGGCAGCAUGCAGGGAACCACCUGAAGAUGUACCGGGAUUUCAAUGCCCUCGACACUUGUAUGGGGCUCUCGAUCCUUAUACCAUAUACAUUGAAUAUAUCAACAAUCUUCUCGGCUAGGUACAGACAUCAAUCUAUUGGUCGCAAACUUAACUGAAUUUUCAGUAAAUUAUAUUGAGAUAUAAUAUUUUUCAGUCAGUUUAUUAUUUUCUUAGGGGAGUUUUGACAGUUUGACAAAGAAACAAAUGAACAGGUUAUUAAUGUUAUAUUUGUGACUGUAUGAAAUUGAGUGGAUUUGUUAAAUGGACAUGUGAUAUGAAUUUACCAAAAAAUGUAUUGUAUGAUUGUGUGUGGUACUUAUACAUGUAUUUUGAUCGAACACCAAAUUUUGCAGUUUUUAGGUACAUGUGUAUAAAUAUAUGUAUUAUUUUCAUGUCAUAUUUUGUUGUUGUACAUACGUAUUUUAAAAUCAUCUUUUUGCUUAAGAGACAAUUUUAUUAACUUUUUACACUAAUGUUUUCUAAUACACAAUGAAAUUUCCUGUGAUAAAUCAUAUACAAUUUUGUAAUAUGCUGUAUGUAUACAGUUAUACAAAAUUUCAAAAGAUUGAAGAUAUUUGACAUCAGCUAUAUGCUGUAUACUUAUAUAUUACUUUAAGUUUGAAUUGUUUAAUUUAGUCUAAAAAUAAAAAACUUUAAUAGGCUUAAAUUAUUUUGACUGAUGACAUUGCUGACCAUGCACAAAUCUACACUAUUAAUGUCAAUCAGUACUGAUCAUCAUUACAAGUAAGUGGCGGUAUGGUUACUAAUUAAUAUUCACGUUUUUUAUUACUGUCCACAUUUUAAAGGCCUCUGUAUGUUUGGGGAAAAAAUUGGCCUACCUUAUGCCACUGCAUGAUAUCUUCAAGAGGCAACUACUGUACAUGUCGUGCUUGGAGGCACGGCAGUCUACUGGUAGGACGCCGAGCUCUUGAACGAAGGGUUACGAGUUCGAGUCUCUGCACAGCACCGUGUUGUAUCUUUGAACACGAUACUUUUCUCCGCUUGUGCCAGUGUACUCAUGCAGCUGUAAAUGAGUAUGUGGUUGGGCAGGACUGGAAUUGUAGAAUGCUAGCUGUGAGCACCGAAAUGGCAGCACCGGCUGUUUGCUCCCCAGGGAGUUGAGAAAGAUAUUGGCUGGUUGCUUAUAAGGCCCUAUAACCACGGAUAAUGAUUUGUGAACCGCUUUGAGACGACCUCCGAACUAGGUUGUGAUAAAGUGGUAUAUUAGAACCUCAAAUUAUUAUUAUUAGUACAUAUACAGCUCCUUCCAUAGGCGAUCUUUUUUUGAGCUUUCAAUAAUUGAAGUGACACUGAAGAAAACAAAAACUGAUUGCUGCCACCACAGUAGGUGUGAGGACCUCUAUCUUUACUUGUUUCUUUUUUAGCAGUGUCUCCCUAUAUGUUCAUGUAUACCGUAUUCAUAAAACAAUGUAUCUAAGUUAUAUUCACAAUGCCUACAUCAAUUACUUUAUUGGUCGAGUUGUUCCAGGACAUAAAGUUAAAUCAAAUAUGGAAUUUAACAGUUUUCCGUAUUUGAUUUUUAAACUUUUUUCGAACAACUUGACCAAUAAAGUUAAACGAUGUAGGCAUUGUGAAUAUUACUUAGAUAUUUCACUCCGUCUUUUUCAAAAUUUGGAAACUAAAUUAAGUGUUAUUUACUGUAGUGGUUGUACUGAAGAGUGGUACACGUACUACUGAUGGAGUUUAAGUGUUAUGAAAUUCCAAUAAACAGUGAACCAGACAA